AUUUCUAUCCCUUUCACAGAAAUGAGUAAUAACCAAAACAAUCAACAAUGGCAAGGAUUAGGAAAUAGGAACAACAAUAAUCACGGUCAUGUGGGAGGAGGAGGAGGGCCAUGUGGGGCAUGCAAGUACCUAAGAAGAAAGUGUAUUGAAGGGUGUGUGUUUGCCCCUUAUUUUGAUUCAGAGCAAGGCACGGCUCAUUUUGCGGCCGUACACAAGGUAUUUGGCGCUAGUAACGCCUCUAAGCUCCUCCUCCGCAUCCCCGCUCAUCGACGCCUUGACGCGGUUGUUACGUUAUGCUAUGAGGCCUUGUCUAGGGUUCGUGAUCCUAUCUAUGGCUGCGUUUCUCAUAUCUUCACUCUUCAACAACAGAUUAUUAAUAUGCAAGCAGAAUUAGCCUUUGUACAUGCCAGGCUUGCAUCCUUACGCCGCCUUCCGCCCACAUUCUCCACAAUGGAUCACACACCGAGUUCAUGUUGCAUUGAUCAAUUCUCGGUUGCAAGCACCACCACCACCACUGCGCCCAUUCCCAUGCCUACAUUUGACAGCAACUUCCCCCUACAUUCAGUAUGUUCCUUAGAAUCGUCGUUAGCAGCAGAAGGACCCAAUAUAACAGCAGCAGAAUUGCCCAGUUUUUGUAACAUAACUGAUACUUAUCAACAAGAUGAUAUGAUUUUUGAGGAUGGUGAUCUACAAACAUUAACCCGCGAAUUUGUAUCGAAGUUCCUUCCUGGAGUCAAGCUCAAGUCAGAGCCAAACUAACUAAGAUUAACUUGGAUAGUUACUAUUUAAAGCGUCUCCGAAGAGACAAUUUGAUUAGUUAUUAUUGAUUCUAAGAUUUAGCUGAAUGUUCUUCAUUAUUUUUGAGGGUUAUUAUUAUAUUAUUAUUAUCUUCUGCUAAUCUUUUGUAACACCAGUAUAGUGAUCUGCUGUCUAAUUUGAUGUGUUCUCCUAGUCACAAACUUGGUCAAAAGGUUCUACUUGAAUGGCUUAAUAGACACUCGGUAGAGUCUUUUGUGGGCUUAAAUAAGUGUAUUUUCAUCGUUUGUAUUUUGGGCUGUAAUGUGGACCUAUUUGAUCUGGUGUAGAAGCAAGAAAUGUUGGCCCGUUUCAUAAACUUAAAUGAAUUGAUGUUUU